AGAGACACGUGAGGUACGGCGACGUCAUCACCAGGCACGCGCAGGAAACAUGGCGGCGGCGGGUGUUGUGAGCGGGAAGAUUAUAUAUGAACAGGAAGGGGUAUAUAUUCACUCAUCUUGUGCAAAGACCAAUGACCAAGACAGCUUAAUUUCAGGAAUAUUACGUGUUUUAGAAAAGGAUGCUGAAGUAAUAGUGGACUGGAGACCAUUGGAUGAUGCAUUGGAUUCUUCAAGUAUUCUCUAUGCUGGAAAGGACUCCAGUUCAGUUGUAGAAUGGACCCAGACCCCAAAAGAAAGACCUCAUCGAGGAUCAGAACAUCUGAACAGUUAUGAAGCCGAGUGGGACAUGGUUAAUACAGUUUCAUUUAAAAAGAAACCACAUACCAAUGGAGAUGCUCCGAGUCAUAGAAAUGGGAAAAGCAAAUGGUCAUUCCUGUUCAGUUUGACAGACCUGAAAUCAAUCAAGCAAAACAAAGAAGGUAUGGGCUGGUCGUAUUUGGUAUUCCGACUAAAGGAUGACGUCGUACUCCCUGCUCUGCACUUUCAUCAAGGAGAUAGCAAACUACUGAUUGAAUCUCUUGAAAAAUAUGUGGUAUUGUGUGAAUCUCCACAGGAUAAAAGAACACUUCUUGUGAAUUGUCCGAAUAAAAGUCUUUCACAGUCUUUUGAAAAUCUUCUUGAUGAACCAGCAUAUGGUUUAAUACAAAAAAUUAAAAAGGAUCCUUACACAGCAACUAUGGUAGGAUUUUCCAAAGUGACAAACUACAUUUUCGAUAGUUUAAGAGGCAGUGAUCCCUCUACACACCAACGACCACCUUCAGAAAUGGCAGAUUUUCUUAGUGAUGCUAUUCCAGGCCUAAAAAUAAAUCAACAAGAAGAACCAGGAUUUGAAGUCAUUACAAGAAUUGACUUGGGAGAACGACCUGUUGUUCAAAGGAGAGAGCCAGUAUCACUGGAAGAGUGGUCUAAGAACAUUGAUUCUGAAGGAAGAAUUUUAAAUGUAGAUAAUAUGAAGCAGAUGAUAUUUAGAGGGGGUCUUAGCCAUUCAUUGAGAAAGCAAGCAUGGAAAUUUCUUCUGGGAUAUUUUCCUUGGGAAAGUACCAAGGAUGAAAGGACUCAAUUACAAAAGCAAAAAACUGAUGAAUACUUCAGGAUGAAACUACAGUGGAAGUCUGUCAGCGAGGAACAAGAGAAGAGAAACUCGAGGUUAAGAGAUUAUAGAAGUCUUAUCGAAAAAGAUGUUAACAGAACAGAUCGAACAAACAAAUUUUAUGAAGGUCAAGAUAAUCCAGGGUUGAUUUUGCUUCAUGACAUUCUGAUGACCUACUGUAUGUACGAUUUUGAUUUAGGCUAUGUGCAAGGAAUGAGUGACUUACUUUCUCCUCUUUUGUAUGUGAUGGAAAAUGAAGUGGAUGCCUUUUGGUGCUUUGCCUCUUACAUGGACCAAAUGCAUCAAAAUUUUGAAGAACAAAUGCAAGGCAUGAAGACCCAGUUAAUUCAGCUGAGUACCUUACUACGAUUAUUGGACAGUGGAUUUUGCAGUUACUUAGAAUCGCAGGACUCUGGAUACUUGUAUUUUUGCUUCAGAUGGCUUUUAAUUAGAUUUAAAAGGGAAUUUAGUUUUCUGGAUAUUCUUCGAUUAUGGGAGGUAAUAUGGACUGAAUUGCCAUGUAAAAAUUUCCAUCUUCUUCUCUGUUGUGCUAUUUUGGAAUCAGAAAAGCAGCAAAUAAUGGAAAAACAUUAUGGCUUCAAUGAAAUACUUAAGCAUAUCAAUGAAUUGUCCAUGAAAAUUGAUGUGGAAGAUAUACUGUGCAAGGCAGAAGCAAUUUCUCUACAGAUGGUAAAAUGCAAGGAAUUGCCACGAGCAGUUUGUGAGAUCCUGGGACUUCAGAACAGUGAAGUUACAACACCAGAUUCAGAUACUGGUGAAGAUGAGAAUGUUGGCAUGACUCAUCCUUCAUCUAUGUUUCAUAGUAACACCUUGCCCACCCUUGCUGCUAGUGGAGCCAGAGAUGACAGUCCAACACACAUAUCAGUGCCCCCAAAUGUCAGCAGAUUAACACCUGCAUGAUCAUUUGUCUUGCUAUUUUUUUUUUUUUUUUUAAAGACACUUGGUUGCAACUCCUUUUUAAGUACUUGAAAGGUGGACAUUUAAAAUCUUGGUAUUGAUCAUGCUUUAAGGUUUAUGGAAAGAAAGUGUACUGAUGUUCUUGCAUUAAAGCUUUACAAAGUUUUAAACUAAUUAUUUUUGUAGUUACUUCUACCAAAUAGCCUUUCCUUUUCAAAAACAUUCCUUAGUAUUUUUAUAGCCAAGUACAUUUUAUUUUCUUGCUGAUGAACUGGAAUUGGAUAAAUAUUACAAGUAGAUGAGUUGGAAAUUAUGCACUUUGAAAAACAUUCAAUUUGUUUACUCUUUAAGUUUAGUGGGUUUCGAAUUUGAUUAAAUUAAAUGUUGAGCCUUUAUAUAGCAUUCUGAGCUGAGAAGUAGAUUGUUACCCAGUGAUGAAAUUUAAAAAAUAAAUGAAUUUGUUUUUUUUCUAUUGUUUACAACAAUACUCAGCUUAAAUAUUUAUGCUGGUUGAUUGUGAUUUAAAUUGGACAUUUUCAUCAAUGCAAUUUAAUGUGUAGAUAAAAAAACUAUUCAACCAUUAUAAGUGGAUUGGCAGUAUAUUUUUUACAUUGAACUUUUCUUCACUUGUACAUAAAGACUAAAUGUAAGUACUAUUUAUGAGUAUAAGAAAGGAUAGGCAUAUUUUCUUUAACUGAAUAAACUUGACUAUUGAUUUAUAUAACCUGAUUCAACAAAAUUAAUACAUGGCUUCAAUAUGAGAUCUUUUUCAAAACUAUUUUCUUAACAUUUAUUUCGUGAGAGUACAUUCAAUCCUGUACUUGGUAUAAUUUUAAAAUUAAUUGCUUGUAACCUCACUUUACUAAUAAUGUUUAUUAUCUUUCCUAACAAUGCAUUAACUGAUUAAUCAGGUCUUUAAAUUUUUAUAAAAUGCUUUUUGCAAAAAGCUUAUGUCAAAAAUUUCAAGAUACUAUCAUGAGUCUCAAAAUAAUACUUUUUUGUAUAUGAAUGAAGCUGUUGUUUUUACCAUGCAGUAUUGCAUGAUUUUAAGUUAUGUGGAAUAAACAUAACUGUUCCGUUUUAAUUGUAAUUUGUUAACUCCUGUACAUAUCAUUAAAAUAAAUUUGAAGUUGAA